UACAAGCGAGUGAUGGUGCAACGAGUAGCCUAAUGUAAUGUUGGUGGCUUUCAGUGCAGGCUGCCUCUCGGACUGUGAACAGUCAGGUGGAAGUGCGUGUAAAAGAAAGUUAAUUCCGUUUUAAUUGAUUUAUUUUAUAUCGGACACACUAAAGAAAGAACAAUUGUGUACCCUAUUAUUUGCAAGUAAAAUUUGGGGGGGUAAUUUCUUAAGAGAAAGCACAACUUCACCAUUAUUUAAUCACCCAGCUGUGGAUACUUACCGAAAAAACGUGUUUGCAAAAGUGAAAGGACAGAUAGGUGGGAGUUGAGAGAGGCAGACAGACCUGCUCCUCCAUCUCUCCUGCCUGGACUUCUGCUCGCCGCCCCCUCAGAGAUGUCGGAGGACAUGUGGGAGAACAGAACAGUCUCCAGCCCUUACCCCGACCUCCCCCUGUCUUUGCUACUAUGCAACGACACCCUCCUCAAUGACACCCUCCUCAACGACACCCUCUUCAACUGUAUCAACUCCACCAACAUUCCAGAGAUGCCAUUAGGACCCAGUGUAGCAGGGGUCCUCAUCCCACUCAUCUACAUCAUCGUCUGUGUCAUCGGCCUUGGUGGGAACAGCCUGGUCAUCCACAUUGUGCUGCACUACUCCAAAACGGAGUCUGUGACUAACAUCUACAUCCUGAACCUGGCCAUCGCUGAUGAGCUCUUCAUGCUGGGCCUGCCCUUCCUGGCUGUCCAGAACACCCUCCAGUUUUGGCCCUUUGGCUCCUUUAUGUGCCGCCUGGUCAUGACCGUGGACUCCAUCAACCAGUUCACCUCCAUCUUCUGCCUGACCGUCAUGAGCAUUGACCGCUACCUGGCAGUGGUCCAUCCCAUACGCUCCUCCAAGUGGCGGCGGCCGCAGGUGGCCAAGGUGGUCAACGGCACAGUGUGGGCCAUCUCCUUCCUGGUGGUCCUGCCUGUGGUAAUCUUCGCCAACGUCCACAAGACGGGCGGCACCUGCAAUAUCUCCUGGCCUCGGCCGGCCGACAUUUGGCGGGCGGCUUUUAUCAUCUACACGUCCACAGUGGGUUUCUUCUGCCCACUCCUCAUCAUCUGCCUCUGCUACCUGCUCAUCGUCUUCAAGAUUCGCAGCUCUGGCAAGAAGGUCCACGCCACGUCCACCAAGCGCAGGAAGUCGGAGCGUAAGGUGACGCGCAUGGUGGUGAUCGUGGUGGCCGUGUUUGUCUUCUGCUGGUUGCCCUUCUACGCCCUCAACAUUCUCAACCUGCUGGUGUCUCUGCCAUCAGAGUACCCGGGCCUCUACUACUUUGUUGUGGUAAUGGGCUACGCCAACAGCUGCGCCAACCCCAUCGUCUACGGCUUCCUGUCAGAAAACUUUAAGCGGGGCUUCCGCAAGGCCCUGUGUCGCUCCUCACGCAAGGUGGAGAGCCACGACCUGACAGAGCGCCAGCAGCAGCAGGAGGAGAGAGGUAGGGUGCUGAAGCCCCGAGAGAGCUUGAGGAGGGUCGUAGGAGAUGAGGAGGAGGAAGAGGAUGAUGAAGACAGGGAGGACGUCACAGAGAUGACAGAGAUCUGUAGGAUCGCCCAGAAUGGGAACGGACAUCCUGAGAGUUCCCAGGCCCUGUUAACACCCAAGGCACCAGCUCCAGGGGCAUCUGAGCAUGUGGCAUCCCCAGAAAGGAAAGCCAAAGCUGGUGACAUUGGUGGGAAAGGCCCAAGCUUGGGGCCUCCAGCAUCCCUGCAUAAUGGACACACAAAUGGGAGUGUCAAACCACUGCCAGAGGAGCCAGUGGAGAAGAACACCUCACUGGAGAUAAGCUACCUAUAAUGUAAAUUAACUGUCUCUGAAGUCAGUUACCUGAUGAAACUUGCAUUAAUAUUUUGUAGCAUUCAUGUAAUGUCUAUGGAAAAAGUGUGGCUAAAGUGUGGCUCUAUUUAAAUGUACAGCGCUAUACACAUAUAGAGAAGAGAAGCACUCUGCAAGGCCAUAGCACCUUUUAUAAUUUAUUGCUACAUUUCUGAUCAAUGGGCUGAGAGCGUUUGAACUGCAUCAAGCCAAUGGAAUUUGUGUUACAAUGACUUGAUACUGCCUGUAAAACGGUGUACAUACUAGGUUGUUUCUGAAGACAUUUGUACAAUUUCAAUCUGUGUUUAUAUGUUUUACCACAUGAUCACUGUAUGUACAUAAUGUAUGUGCCUUUUUCCAAACUUAUCUGACAUAUCUGAUUGUAAUUGUAUUACAUUUUUACUGCACAAUGUGACAAUCAAUUAUAUAUAGAUGAAUGUAGCGUCACUUUUAUAUCCUAGUCAUUCACCUCGCUACACCUUAGCUGGAGGAACAGAGAAAAGAAGAAAAAGAAGGCACCUUCUAUUCCAUGCCAACAGAAUGGUCCUACACUCUUAGAACAAGGGUUCCAAAAAGGUUACAAAGGGGUUCUUUGGCUGUAGAUAGCACCUCUUUUUCUAAGACUGUACCACUUGUUUGUUUAGAUUUUUGAGGUGCACAAUCAGAGGAGGAAACAGGUGCCCUGAUUGGCAUUAAAUCAAACAGUGGUUGUAGAUUUUUGAGGGUUUAUUUUGCUUGUGUGUUGUGAGCCGUGGUUGUGUUUGUACUGCUGCUAUAUGGGGGAAGAAAAGGGCUCUGGAAAGAGUUGGCAACUUGGCAUCCGGUGACAGUGUCUCAUGUUACUGAAUAUCAAGGUGGAAUAUCUGGUGACAGUGUCUCAUGUUACUGAAUAUCAAGGUGGAAUAUCUGGUGACAGUGUCUCAUGUUACUGAAUAUCAAGGUGGAAUAUCUGGUGACAGUGUCUCAUGUUACUGAG